AUGGAGCGUGGUGGUCAUUUUCGUGGUGGUCGUGGCGGACGUCGUGGAGGAAGAGGACGAGGAGGAAGAGGACGUGGACGUGGUAGUGGACGUGGUAGUGGUGGUAGCAAUAACGUUGGUUUGCAACAACAACAACGACGACGUGAAGAACAGGGUUAUACAGAGGGGUACGUUCCAUUACAAGAGCAACAGUAUGGAGAAAUGUACCCAUUACACCAACAAGGGUACCCUUCUCAAUUGGAGUACCCGUCAAUGUAUCCAUUACAGCAGAACGUUCAACAAUAUCAACUUUCACAGGAUCAGUAUCAGCAAGUCCAUUUCCAGCCACAGGGUUACACUGAUGAAAAGAACAGGGGGUACACUACUGGUACUUCAUCUCUAUAUAUGAACACCUCCUUUGAGACUCAACCUUUACUACCAAUAUACCAGCAACAAUACCAGCAAAUACCUUCAGUACCUCUCUAUCAACAGCCAAUUCCUCUUCAAUAUCAAGAUGAGAAGUCCAGGUAUGCAGGUACUCCAUCAAUUUCGAUGACAAUACCACCUUUACAGCCAGUAUCAGACCCCUAUGCAGAAGCUGGACAAGUGAGACACCAUUUUGUAGCAUCCAUUCCAUUAAAAGAAGACAUUUCUGGACCAGUACAAGAUUCAUAUCAAGAGUCAAACCAACCUUCACCACCAAUGUACCACCAGCACCACCAGCAACAAAUUCCAUUACCACGAGUACCACAACAUGAUUGGAAUUAUUCAUCUCAACAGAACCACCAGUGGCAACAAGUACCACCUCAGCACACACAACAGUUUGUUAAUGGACCACCAGCUCAUGUGCAGCAAGUUUUGCCAUUGAGAGAUCAGCAUCAAUACCAGAGAGAUCAGAAUUCACGAUAUCAGGAUCGUCGACAGGAUAAACAUGAUCGGCAGCAACGCAAACAGCAGGGGGCACCUCCGUUUUCAUAUGUUUGCCACAAUUGCAACCAACCCGGCCACUGGAAGCAGUACUGUCCUCUCUUUGCUGGACAGGAAGAUUCGUUACAGAAGAGCUAUGGUGCUGGAACGGGACCGGACCAGCAGCGGGCUCUUGACACUGGUGCACAACCGCAAGACCCUAGUAGAUAUGGUGGAUCUCAAAGCGAAGUCACUCCGGCUUUUGUAGCGAAAAAUGAGCCUCGUGGACAGCCGCCUUUACCUGAUGGUCCGGCACCUCCACUUCCUCCAAAUCCGCAACCUUACAGCAACGAUGCGUAUGCUCAGCCACCGCCACCGCCACCUCAGCCUGACCAACGAACAUGGAAAUGUGAACCGUGCGUGAAAAGCUUUGUGGCCGCAUCACAGUACGAUGCGCACAUGGCUACUCACGUGACGUGCUCUGACUGUGAGUAUUCAGCUAGCAAGCGAGUGGUUGCCGCACAUUAUGAAACAACGCAUGGACAAUACUCUGGUCAAGGACUAAAGGAAAUUGAAGUGGAGGGUCAGAAAUUUAUGGUUCUGGUGGGAAAUUCAGCCGAGGAUAUCACGAAAUGGCGUGAGGAGCGGCGCAAGAGGUGGUUUGCAAUGUCACGUCAGCCUAAAUCAUCUGUGGCGACUGCAGAAGUGACGGGGAAGCGAAAGCUCUCGAUUGCAUCUGACGUGGAUUUGGAGGAAGGUGAAAUUGAGGAGGACGAAGAAGCUAAGGCUCAAAAUGUGAUUACGAAUGCUACAACGAACGUUGCGGUUCCUGACUCUGCAGCAUUGCACCAUGGUACGUCUGGCGUGCAGGAGCCACCAGUUAAGAAGCAACGCAAGUCAAUGUUGUGCAAGUGGUUUUCACGUGGCCGGUGUCGGUUCAGUGAUGCCGUUUGCAAGUACAGUCAUGAUCGCUCGAUGUUUGGAUGUCGUACCAUGAUGCACAAGAGCUCGUGCGCCAAGGGUAUGCAUUGCCCGUUCUCUCAUGAUACAGCGUUGUUGUCGCAGCAACGUGACCGUUCGAAGAAGGCGUUAAAGGAGCGUGCUACGGAGCAGCAGUGGCGUGGUGAGCAAAAGUCCCUUCUGCGCAAGUUGCUGGCAAAGGACGUGCAUGUUGAGCAGCAGAAAAUGCUGCAAGUUGUGCAUUAUUUGGUCAAGAAUGAUUUUCUGCGUUUACCAAGAGAUGACGAGGCAUCUGUAAGUACCAAGAUGCCAGCCGUGAAGAUUGAAGUGCUUCAAAGUGAUGACAUGAGCUUCGAUGUGCAUACUGAAGCCAGUGAGGCCAUGACAUUGACGUCAAAGGACGUUGUAAUGGAGGAGGCUUUAAAUGAUGUCAAAGAUGAGCAAGUGAGCAUGGAAGAGCAUAAUAAUGCUGCAUCUUGUCAAGGUGAGGAGCUUUCAAAAGUUGUGACGGAUGAUGAUGGUUGCUUGCCAAUUGUAGAAGAUUCAAAUGCGUGUGAAGAGGAAGUACGAGUUUCUGAGAUGCAGGAUGAGAGUUUGUUUUCUCAAGAUGAUGGCAAUAUGACAGCCAUGAACUCUGAAGAUGUCAUUAUAGCUGGGCCUAGAAAGGAUAGAGUGUUGACGGAAGUAGCAUUGGAUAAUGUUGACUCGACGUCUUCAUUUGGAAUUUAG